AUGUGGUAUGAUUCCUCUGAAGACAUCACGUGCGAUACCUGUGCCACCAUGUUGCGUUGGAUCAAGAAGAAAUGCAAACGAACCAAAAAACAGUCAUCCCACGGAAAUGCGGAAUUAUCCUGUCAUGAAGGUAUCGAUUUUCACAUCUACGAGGAACUGUCAUCACCAGCACAACAGAAGGUCGAACUGGCAUAUUCCAUAGUUUCUUUGGUCGAUCGAAUGGAUUCCAAACAGCAUAAGAAGUCCCACCAUAUACAUGUUCCAUCAUCUCUAAGCGAAGUCAUUUGUAGCUUGUGUGAAAAGCCUUUACCUGGUGUUUAUGACAUUCCUGAAAAUUCCACCUGUCGGUGUUCUGGUUUGAGCUCCUUCCGAUCCUCUGACUGCAGUUCCAGUGAUAAGUUUUCCUGGCUUGACUAUGAUUGUGAUGAAGAAACAGAUCUUCGUCGUCGUCAUUGCGACUUAGAAAGUAUGCAGAACCGACUAGAAACCGAACCUAGAUUCCGACAACCCAUUUACUUGACCUGCUUUCCCGGAGAAGAAAAUGAAAGGCGUUUCCAUUCCGACGACAGUGGUGGGUUUUUUGAUACCGACAACUCGUGCCAUAGUACCGAUUCCAGUUUAGAUGAUUCUGUGGUGAAUAACCUAGACAGUUUGGAUUUAGCUGAUUUGAACGAUUCGACUAUUUCUCACAGAUUAUCACAGACACCAAAGAUGGGAUGCCGAGCUAUUAGACGCACCCACAGUGCCCACGAUUCUCUUGGUAGUGGAAGAAGGACUGCAAUAGAAAGACCCUCUCAUUUAUUAACACCAUCCAAGAUUUCUCAACCUGUUCCAGUUUGUGGUAUUCAUCGUUCAACCGACAAGUCCACCCUUCUUCGCAACAGUCUGAAGCGCCGUAUGAUCCAACCUGAAAGUAAAUGUGGCCAGUACGCCAGCAUUCGCCGAGGUUUACAAUCUUAUGGACUAAAGGAAGAAGAUAUGGGUUAUGAUCCAGCUUCGACAGAUGAAGAUGAGAUUUGUAUCAACGUUGCUGAUAUUUUGAGAUCCAAGAAGUCCCGUGGAAGGAAGUGUCUGAUGAACCAGUUUAGUGAUAUGGAUUCCAGUGGCCCUGUGUUUAAUGAUAUGAACAAACAUUGUGAAUAUUUUGUGUGA